UCGGUUGUCAUUUGUCACUGUAUUUUCAAACGUGUUUUCGAAACAUUAGGAGUGAUUUAUUAAAAACAAAAGCUUUGUAUUAUCAAUUCUAUUAUUAAAGUUCAUUUUUUAUAUUAUUGCUGUGGUUUAUAUCUUAAAUAUUUAAAUGUUUAAAUCAAAGCUACAUAACCGUGUUAGUCAUAACCUUUGUUGUGUAAACUAGGUUAUCAGAUAAUUUUAUUGUAAAUUGUCCAAUUAAAGUUCAGUAUCUUGGAGACAGUCAUUGGAUUUGAUUUAAUUUACAAUGGAGGGUGGACCAAACAUUCAAGUAUCUGUAAGGGACGAUGAAACAAUAUGUGAUAAAUGUUACUUUACAUGUUGCCAUCCAAAUGGCAAGGGCCAUCGAUUUAUUGCACUUGUAUUCAUGUGCUUCCUAGGAUUUGGAUCGUAUUUUUGUUAUGACAAUCCAAGUGCUCUUCAGGGACAUGUUAAAUCAGAUCUCAAUAUAACAGAAAAAGAAUAUACAGCUCUUUACUCUGUUUAUUCAUGGCCAAAUGUUAUAAUGUGUUUUAUCGGAGGAUUUCUUUUAGACAGAAUUUUUGGAAUAAGAGCUGGAACAAACAUAUUCAUGGGCUUGACAUUUUUGGGCCAAAUUAUGUUUGCAUUUGGAACCCUUUGGAAGCAAUUAUGGUUUAUGUUAAUAGGAAGAUUUGUUUUUGGCAUUGGAGCAGAAUCUUUAGCUGUGGCUCAAAAUAAUUAUGCAGUGUUAUGGUUUAAAGGGAAAGAAUUAAACAUGGUUUUUGGUCUACAGUUGAGUUUUGCUAGAGUGGGAAGUACGGUAAACUUUUGGGUUAUGGAGCCUAUUUACAAAUGGAUAAAUCAAGGAGUUAGCGAUAUAGUACAUGUAUUAGGAUAUGCUUUAUUUAUAGCUUCAGCAACAUGUUUACUUUCAAUGUUGUGUUCAUUAAUACUAGGUGUAAUGGACAAACGAGCAGAGAGAUUAACAAGAAGGGCUGAAGUUCAGAAUAGUGAAAUAGUGAAAAUAACAGAUGUAAAGGACUUCAAACUGACCUUUUGGCUAGUUACCUUAGUAUGUGUAACUUAUUAUGUUGCCAUUUUUCCAUUUAUAACAGUAGGACAAGAGUUUUUUAAAGACCGUUUUAACAUGAACGACGAGAAUGCCGAUCGGAUAAGCAGCUUAAUAUACUUAAUAUCUGGAGUUGGUUCACCUCUUACAGGCUUAUUGAUUGAUAAAACUGGUUUAAAUGUUUUUUGGAUCCUUGUCUCUGUAGUCCUUACUGUUAUAUCACAUGUUCUGUUGGGUUUUACAUAUGUAAAUCCUUUUGUUGGAGUAUCUCUUUUAGGUAUUGCAUACUCCGGCUUAGCAAGCGGACUGUGGCCAUUGGUAGCUUUAAUCAUACCAGAGUAUCAACUUGGAACUGCCUAUGGAGUGUAA